UAAAAAACAGUGUCUUUGUGACGGAAAUUUGUGAAGGACAGAAUCCGUCACUAAUUUAUGACGGAUUUGUAACGGACUAGUGACAGAUGUACAUUUUUGUGACGGAAUUUGUGACGAAUAGAGUGUUUGGUCGUCAACUUCUAUUUGUGAGGGAUUAGUGACCGAUUAGUGACAGAAUUUAGUGACGGAUAUUAAAUCCGUGACCAAUCUUUAUUUUAGUGACGGAAUAGUGAUAGAUUUGUCCGUCACAAAUAUUUGUGACGGAUAGAUCCUUCACAAUCUCUAGAGUUGGGAAUGUCCGUCACAAUUCCGUCACAAGUUUGUGACAGAAAUAGAUGUAUCACAAAUUUGUGACGGAAUUGUGAUGGAUGUUUAAUAUAACAUUUAAUAAUUAAAUACUAAAUAAUUUCAGUCCCAAGCGGGAAUUAUCGCGCUCUUUUUUUUAAGGGCGAAAUAACUUUUUUGCCUUUGGCAAAAAUCACACUCCAACUCUCAAAUAUUCGCUCCAAUUCUCCAUCUCAGUUUCACUAACCUAAUUGGAGCGAUGAAGAAUUCUGCUCCAUAGCUCACCUUCUCCAUUCUCGUUGCUCUCCGCCAUUACUAUAUCCAUUCUCGUUGCUCUCCACAAUCACCAUCUCUAUCGCCAAUUUUUAAUUCCAGCAAUUUUAGGGUUUGCUGAGUAUAAUGACUUAAAGGAGGGGGAUAAAUUGAAGGACAUGCAAGAAAAGCUCUCUUAAUAAGAAGAAUAAAGAUAGACUAAAAAGAAAGAUUGAAGAUAACUUGAAUUACAGACAAACAAAGGGUGCAGUGGAUAAGAUUAACCAGUUGAUAUUGAAGAUAAUUUUAUACUUUCAGAGUUCAUAACUAUGGAUCGAGAAUGGAUGUAUGUUCGAUUGGAAGAUGGAUAUUUGCAUCCACGAUUCGCAAAAGGCGUGGAAGAAUUUGUGGAAUUUGCAAAAAGACAUCCUCAAUUCAUGGAUGGUGCGAAGAUAAGAUGCCCUUGUAAUCAUACGAAGUGUCGAAACAAGGGUUAUCUUGAUGAGGUGACAGUGAUGUGUCAUCUUGGAAAAAAUGGAUUCAUGAAGAACUACUACUGCUGGUACAAUCAUGGAGAAACUUAUGUACCAAAUUUAGUCCGACCUGAUCAUAACAUUGAUUUAGAAAAUACAUGCCAUCAAGCUGAAACCAGCGACGCUGGUGAUUUAUUUCGAUCUAUGAUGGAUGAUGUUAUUGGUCGUGCUAGUGUUCUUCAUCCGAGCGAAGAUGUCAUUAAUCCUCCUCAUGUUUCCCAUUCAAUGGAAGAGAGCCCAAAUAUGGAAGCACAACGAUUAUAUGACAUGCUUAAGGCAUCUGAACAAGAGUUGUGGGAAGGAAAUCCAGGAGGACAUUCUCAGUUAUCUGCUGUUGCUAGGCUUAUGAAUUUGAAAGCGGAAUUUCAUUUUUCAGAAAGGUUAUAUGAUGAACUCUGCAAAUUUUUGUCAGAGGUACUGCCUACUGAUAAUGUAAUGACUGAUAGCUUUUAUAGCACGAAGAAGUUGGUUCGGAAGUUGGGUUUACCAGUAGAAGUUAUUGAUUGUUGCAAGCAAGGAUGUAUGCUAUUUUGGAAUGAAGAUAUUGGCCUUAACAGCUGUAAGGUUUGUGGUCAUCCUCGAUUUAAAAAGCAAGGACGUGGUUCUAAUAAGCGAAAAAUAAAUAUACCUUAUAUGAAGAUGCAUUAUUUUCCGCUAACACCACGUCUACAGAGGUUGUAUGCUUCACAUGCAACUUCAAAUCACAUGAGGUGGCAUGGUGAACAUGAAUGGGAAGAAGAUGGUGUAAUGCGCCAUUGUUCAGAUUCUCCUGCUUGGAAGCAUUUUAAUGAGGCAAAUCCGUCAUUUGCUUCCGAAGUUCGCAAUGUUCGAUUGGGGUUAUGUACUGAUGGAUUUCAACCCUUUGGACAGACAGGGCGACAAUAUUCAUCUUGGCCUGUUAUAGUAACACCGUACAACUUACCGCCUGGUAUGUGUAUGAAAGAAGAGUACAUGUUCUUGACGGCCAUCAUCCCUGGUCCAAAAAAUCCGAAGGACAAGUUAGAUGUUUUUUUGCAACCUCUAAUUGCGGAGUUGAAACAUUUGUGGGAGGUUGGUGUGAACACAUAUGAUAUAUCGGUCAGGCAGAAUUUUCAAAUGAGAGCUGCCCUUAUGUGGACGAUAAGUGAUUUCCCAGCUUACUCAAUGCUAUCAGGGUGGAGUACAGGAGGAAAAUUAGCUUGUCCUCAUUGCAUGGGUGAUUCUGAUGCAUUCUCAUUGACGAAAGGUCGCAAGACGUCGUGGUUUGACAAUCAUCGAAAAUUUCUUCCACCAGAUCAUUCAUUUAGAAAGAACAAAAAGUGGUUCAGAAAAGGUGAGGUAGUACUGAAAAUUGCUCCUGACAUGCAAUCUGGUUCAGAAAUACUUGAUGAAAUAGAACAUCUUGGGCUGAAAAAAGUGACAGAUAUAAAUGCAGAAGAAGAAAAUGUGCAUAUUUCUAAACUAAAUUGUUGUGGAUGGAAAAAAAGAAGCAUUUUUUGGGAUUUGCCUUAUUGGAGUUCUAAUUUAAUAAGGCAUAAUUUGGAUGUAAUGCAUAUUGAGAAAAACUUCUUUGAUAAUAUUUUUAAUACGGUUAUGAAUGUUACGGGGAAAACAAAAGAUAAUGCAAAAUCAAGAGAAGACUUGAAAGAGUUUUGCGAUCGCCCUGAGCUGCACAAAGAUGAACGUACUGGAAAAUACCCGAAGGCUUCUUUCACACUUGACAAAAAAGGGAAGGAAGAAUUGUGUAAUUGGGUUCGAGAACUCAAAUUUCCGGAUGGGUAUGUUUCAAACAUGGGUCGAUGUGUUGACAUGAAGAAAUUAAAAUUUUACGGGAUGAAGAGCCAUGAUUCUCAUGUGUUUAUGCAAAGACUAAUUCCAAUUGCAUUUCGUGAAUUGUUGCCAGCCAAUGUAUGGCAAGUCUUGACAGAAUUGAGCCUUUUCUUUAAAAGUCUAACAUCCACUGUCAUUAGAAGGGAAGACAUUAUACGUUUGGAGCAAGAGAUUCCAAUAAUAUUGUGUAAGCUUGAGCGUAUAUUUCCUCCAAGCUUCUUCGACUCAAUGGAGCAUCUUCCAAUUCAUUUGCCGCACGAAGCGCGAAUAGCUGGUCCAGUUCAAUAUCGAUGGAUGUACCCUUUUGAGAGGUAUCUUCGCAGGCUGAAAAAUAAUGUGACUAAUAAAUCUCAAGUUGAAGGUUCGAUUUCUAAUGCAUACCUGGUUGAAGAAACUGCUUCGUUUUGUGCACAUUACUUCAAGCCUACUAUUCAUACGAGGCAUAGGAGAGCGCCACGUAAUGAUGAUGGUGGAGUUGAUUUAAAUGCACCUCCUGGUAUGCUCUCAAUUUUUAAACAUCCGGGUCGAUCUAUGGGUCAAGCUAAAUCCAGAUAUUUGGAGGAUAAAGAAUAUCAUGCAGCUCAUACUUAUAUACUAUUAAAUUGCAUUGAAGUGAAGCCAUAUAUACAUUUAUAUGAAGAUGAACUGCGAAUAUAUAAUCCAAAUAUUACCAACAAUGAAGUUGAGUUGAAAUUGGAAAAUAAUUUUGCAGAUUGGUUUGAGAAAUAUGCACAUAGUGAGAUAUCAAAUAUUACAAACCCAAUUAUGCAAGACCUGGCCAAAGGUCCUUUGCAUGAGGUGAAAUGGUACUCUGGAUACUAUGUCAAUGGAUAUAAGUUUCAUACGGAAGGACAUGGAUCAAGAAGAUUAACCACGAAUAGUGGAGUAUGCAUUAGAGGUUCAAAUAGUAGCACUAGUGAAUUAGACUUUUAUGGAAAAUUGACUGAGAUCAUAGAAUUGGAUUAUCCAGCAUUGCCGAUUAAAAAGGUAGUCCUAUUUAAGUGUUCUUGGUUUGAUCCAACUCCAAGACUGGGUAUAAGAGUGCAUCCGCAGCUUAAGCUUGUUGAUGUUAAUUGUCGUAGGGUUUUCAAUAAAUAUGAGCCAUUUAUUAUGGCUGUCCAAGCAGAACAAGUGCAUUAUCUACGAUAUCCUACUUCAAAACGAAAUGAUUGGUUAGCUGUUUGUAAAAUUAAACCAAGGUUUGUCGUAGAGGUACCAGAUAGAAGCGACCUGCCAGUGUCACCAACGGUAUUAGCAUACCAAGAGGAUUCGAUUGAACAUCAUGAAGUGGACAGCCAAGUUGAUGUCAAUGAAACAUUGGUUGAUCCAAAUGAUUUUGUAACUGAAAUAGACGAUGUUGAUGAUGUGGAGAAUGAUGGCAACUCAGAAAAAGACUUGAACGACGACGACGAUGAUGAUCAUAAUGACGAGGAUGAUUGUGAUGACAGUGAUGAAUAAAUUCUGUUUUUUUAACAUUUUAUGAAUUAUUUUGUCUGUUUUUUUAUGUUCAUUAAUCAAUUGGUUAUUUUUGAUAAUCAUUGUUAUUGUUAGGUAACAUAAUGCAUAUGCUUUUGAACAUCAAUGCAUUUGCUUGUUUAUCAUUAUGGCUAGCCUUAUGUGUUAUGUUCUUAUUUCAUGUAGUGUAAUAUUAAUAUUGAAUUUCUAUAACUAAGUUAAGAUUUUGGGAUCUGUAGUUGUGUUUCUGAUUUGUAUAACUAGUGAAGGUGAUUAUGGAUGUUUUGGGUUUGAGUUACUGAUUCAUAUGCUUAAGAGAAAGCUCUAGAAAUUAAUUUUUUAUUUUUGAACUUUUAUUGGAACUGAUUGUUAA